UCGGGGGCCCGGGCGGCCGCCAUGGCCGAGUCCCAGCUGAGCUGCCUGGACGAGGCGCACGUGAACGAGAAAGUGACCGAGGCGCAGGCCGCCUUCUACUACUGCGAGCGGCGGCGGGCCGCGCUGGAGGCGCUGCUGGGCGGCGGCGAGCGGGCGUACCGCGAGCGGGUCCAGCGGGAGCGGCUGCGGGACUUCCUCUCCGGCCCCGAGCGCCAGGCCCUCCGCGCCGCCUGGAGCCCCUACGAGGACGCCGUCGUGGCCACGGCGGCGCGGGGCAAGGCCAAGGCCCCGGCCCCCGCCAAGGGCCCCGCCGAGCCCGGCGAGUCCCUGGCCUACUGGCCGGACCGCUCGGACACCGAGGUGCCGCCUCUGGACCUGGGCUGGACCGACACCGGCUUCUACCGCGGCGUGAGCCGCGUCACCCUCUUCACGCACCCGCCCAAGGAAGAGAAGGCCCCGCACCUGAAGCAGGUGGUCAGGCAGAUGAUCCAGCAGGCCCAGAAGGUCAUUGCUGUGGUCAUGGACCUCUUCACCGACAGCGACAUUUUCCAAGACAUUGUGGAUGCUGCCUUUAAGCGCCGGGUCCCCGUGUACAUCAUCCUGGAUGAGGCCGGAGUGAAGUACUUCCUGGAGAUGUGUCAGGGCCUGGAGCUUACUGACUUCCGUAUCCGGAACAUCCGCGUCCGCUCUGUCACCGGUGUCGGCUUCUACAUGCCCCUGGGGAGGAUCAAGGGGACCCUGUCAUCCAGGUUCCUCAUGGUGGAUGGGGACAAAGUAGCCACUGGAUCUUACAGGUUCACCUGGAGUUCCUCCUACGUGGACAGGAACCUUCUCCUCCUCCUGACCGGGCAGAAUGUAGAGCCCUUCGAUGUGGAGUUCCGGGAGCUGUACGCCAUCUCCGAGGAGGUGAACUUGUACCGGCAGCUGGGCCUGGCAGGAGGCGCAGGCAGACUUGGCCUUAACUACUCCUCCACUGUGGCCCGCAAGCUGAUCAACCCCAAGUACUCCCUGGUGGCAGGCAGCCGUCCCCCUCCGGGGGAGAUGAUGCGCUGGGCGAGCCGGCAGCAGCGGGAGGCUGGUGGCAACCCGGAGGGGCAAGAGGAGGGCAGCGGCGGGGGCGAGGCGGCCCGGCGCCUGGAGAGCUUCCUGAACGACCUGGUCACAGUGGAGCAGGUGCUGCCCCCCGUGGACCCCAUUCCUUUGAGGGAGCUGAGCCAGAAGGAUGCCAGGAUCACCUCUCACAUGCCCCUAGACUGGAGGCCUAAGCCCCGAGAGAUGCUAACCCAGAACGGCAAGGGUGAAGCUGCCAAUGGAGAGGCCACCCCGGCCAAGGAGGGCAAGCGCUUCGGUGGCAGGUUCUUCAGCCGACGGGCCAAGAGGCCUGCGGCGCCCCACAGCAUGGCCAGCUCCCUCUCCACCGACACCGUUACGGAGGUGGAGCUCCUCUCGGGGAAGAGGCCAAUGGAGGAUUCCAGCAUCGAUGUCUCAGGUAAAACAAGUCCAGGUUCCACCAAGCCCAGCAACUGUGUGAUUUCCUGAGCCGCAGGCCUGGGGGGCCCUCCUGUCCUGCCCAGCACUCCGGAGCCGGCGCGCCACCCCAGCACCUGUUUGCACAUCAGACCCCCGACCCCCGACCUUUGUUCCCGCGGCCUUCAUCCUGACCUCAGGGCAGAAUCCCAGGCAGGGGGGAUUCGCAGCACCUCAAGACAGCCGCCACCUUCACCAGACUACAGUGGCCAGCAAGGUCACCACCACCUUGUUUACAUGAAGUGGAAGCUUGACCAGUGUCCUCGCUCCUUUCUGCC